GAGAUGCCUCGCGAAUGUCACUCCAGCAGCAGGUCAAUCCUCCCCAGUCUGGUCCGGAGCGAUUUACCCCGCUACCCCGCCAUCCGGCCAUUCAGGCCCCGGUAUCACUACACUGUCAACGGCAACCUCUCACUUUCAACUCAACGGCUCUCAUUUCAGCUCACCUCAUCGACCAUGGCUUUCAUCCGCCCCUACAAGGCAACUGACUUUGAUGCGACGGGUCAUAUCUGCCGCGCCACGCUCCCACCGUCCCUCGAGCGUUCCGAAGCAGCGACCAGGACCGCGCCUUACCUAUGGACACAUCAAUACACUCAUCUGUCACCUGAGACUUGCCAUAUCCUUGACGAUGGCGAGGGAAACUGCGUCGGCUACUGUAUCGGCUGCCCCAACGUGAACGACUUUGCGAGCGCGUACCCCCGGUACAUUAAAGAAGUCCUGGAGACGUCUAAGGAGCUGGACGGAAGAAAGCCUAAAAGUCUCGAGACGAAAGCACCAUGGAACUUCCCAGACACGGGCGAGGUGAACGAGGAGGCUCUCCUGCAGCAGGCCUUCAACCCGACAUGGCUGGUGCUCGAUGAGGAGAGGAAGGAGCUUUGGGGCAACUGGAAAGCUACGAUGCACAUCGACCUGCUGGAGCCGUGGCAGGGCAAGGGCUGGGGAAGAAAGCUGAUUGACAAGUUCGUCGAGAGUCUGAAAGAGGCCGAUCAGCGCAACGGUGGCUCCAGUGGCAACAGGCUUUAUGGCAAGGGCGUGCAUAUCGGCGUCGGUGGUGAGAACGACAAGGUCGUGCCGUUCUACGAGAAGUUGGGGUUCCGGGUGUAUCCGACAGAAGAGAAGGGGUCAAUCUGGAUGGUGAAGGACGUUGAGUAGUUUUUUUCUUCGUCCAAUCUCUCUUCCUGACAUCGAGUCCAAUUCAAAAUACCACUACUAGCAACACCGAUCUCUGGCCAUCAAGAUGGUACAUUCUAGACAAAGUCGAGCCUCCAGAUGUCUCCCAACCUCGAGUUGUCUUCCGCAAGACCUCCGUGAACAACCACAGCCUGCUUUACUCCAUCAACCACCACGUCUGCAUCAAACCAACCCCUCGGCGGGGGCGCAUCCCCCUCGAACGAGACCUUCUCCCACUUGUUGGCUUCAAUAUCGAAACCCCACACGUCCGAGAGCAUCUUUCCAGCACCAGCGUGACCCAACGAACUAGGAUCACGCUCGCCAAACAGCGUCACAAGAUACGGCUUACCGCUCACUUCAACCGCGACGAGCGCUGAUACACUUCGCGCCUCGGGGCCCUCAAC